GGGAAGCUUUAGUAGCACGCCAUGUUUUUUACUGAGUGGGGUGUGUAGAAGAGGCCGGGGUGAAAAUCAUCUCUCGAGGCAUGCAGUGUCAAAAUGGGAAGGAAACUAUACUUGUUAUCCUUCACUAAGACCUGCCAGCCUCAAUUCAAUGAUAUAUCCACCACCCAUGCACAAGAACUAAGUAAUUUUUAAACAACGUAACAAACAAUUAAGAAAUAUUAAUAACAUUUUCGGGCAAUUAAGUAACCUAAUCUGAGAAAUUCAAAGUAAGAAUACAGAAGGGACACGAUUUGAUAAGCCCGAGUGUUAGGUGGUGGAUUCCAUAAAAUUGAAACAUUAAAAGACAAUAAAAUAUCAUAAUAUCAUAUUGUAUAUAAGAGAGAUGAUCACCCUGGAGGUAGUGGAGUUGGUUAGAAUUCUUGGGUCUAGGAGGAGAUCUAUUAAGAGGGAAUGAGGAACCCGGCAUUGCAUUUGGUCGGGAUAGCGACGUCCCCUGGAGGGGGUGAAGUCUUUGGCUCGAGGGCCGAGGAGGAGUUGCGCCAGUGGCUUGAGACACGCCUGGACGCAUUGGGAAUUGACCCAGUUGCGUACACGCGUUAUGUGCUCAGCCUGUUGCGCUGCCCCGACUCGGCCCUAAGUCCUCCGGAAGAGGCCAUUGAGUUAGAUAGAGGCAUAGGACGUCGCUUGGGUGCCCGACCUAAAGCAAAGCUGCCAACACAUGGCAAUGGAGAGCAACGACGAGCUGUUAUGCACUGUUUGACAAGUGCUGCUGAUGAUAAAUAUGGAGUAGAGAAGCUGGUUGAUGAACUGUGCAUGAAACUAAAGGAAUUGGAAAGAGGAAGCUUGCAUAAUGAAAAAGACGAAUCUAUAAAAUCCAAUCAUGAGCCCAAAACGAAUUUAGAAGCACUUACACCUCGUGAUAGAGCUCUCAGAUACUACGCGGCAUUUCCAGCCUUACAAUCUAAAUCUAUUAAACAGUUUUCUUCGCGGAAAGAUAAAGAUUUUGCCACCAACAAUAAUAAUAAAAACAACAAAAUUAAUCUGCAUAAUAACAGAAAUAAUAGAGCUCGAAAUAAAAAGACCAAAAUGUCUAUUAAUGAAUCACAGGGAUCGGAAAAAGAAGAAGGUUUUGGAUUUGCUAAAGCAAUGAAGCGGGAACGGGAAAGAGUAUUUGGAAACAACGAGUGGGAACGCCAUGAGUUAGCGCGGUUAGAGGCAAAGUUUGAGAAAUUAGAGCUACUUUGGAAUUCAAUACCAGAUGCACAGAUCACAGCUUCGAUAUGGCAAGCAUCGAAAACGGCUUCUAUAUGGGAAGCACCAUAUGGAAAUUUAGAUUCAACCAUAUGGGCAGCUCCAACGCUUUCCAUUCCUUCUGGACCUCUUUGGCCCGCAGACACUACCAAGACAAUCUUUACUUUACCCACCUCAGACAAUGGUUGCGCUACUGACACACCCCAAGAAUUACUGGAUGACGAAUCACCGAUUAUUUCACAGAAUAUUAAUCUAAUCAGCAUCGAAGAUAAUGCAGACGAAUGUAGCAAUAAAGAUAAAACAGAUGAAUCUUCAUGGAUAUCCUGGAAACUUGACAAAAGCUUACUUCCAAGCUGGAGUCCUAGCCCUGAGACAGUUAGCUGCUUCUUUCCGUCAUGCUCAACUCCAGUUGGAGUUCACAAGGAGCCCCGUUUGAGUUUGGAGGUUACUAAUCUUCCAGAACCAGACGAGGAUCUUUUGACUUCUGAGCGUACGCAUUUUCGUCCGAUAAAAGAGGAUAAAUGGGCAGAUGGGACGACAUUUCCCGUGAACAACACGAUAGAACGUAUUGCGUAUCGCAGAUCCGAGUCAGGAAAUUUGCUGUAUCUUCCUGGCAGCGAAACCCCAUACAUGGAGUACCGGGAGAAUCCAGAAGAGUCACGAAAGUCAUCCGCGUCUCCGAAUUUCACGUUGAAAUUCCGAGUGCGACAAGGAUGCGAUAAAAGCGUCCAAACCGAUCCCAUACGAUCGCCUUCUCCGGAACAGCCGGCGAUUCCAGAAAUACCGGAGAUAUCGGAAGAGGAUAUUAUGUGGCAGAAUUAUAUUCUCUACCAGAUAGAGCGUAUUUACGAUGAUCACCCUAUAUGCAUCGUACAUCCUGAUGACUUGGAUAUAGCUAAAAUUACAGAAGAGAAAAAAAACAUUGAAGAAAAUUCUUUUGCCUUGGAUCAACUUGGCUGGGUACAAUCGAAUGUAUCUUUGCACAAUGAUAAAGAAAGAAGGCACAGUAGCAGCUUCGGAUGCCAACCGCUGACGACUUUACGUCCGUUGACCUUGUAAACUGGAUGUAAGCUGCUAAAAUGCUACAUGACGGAGAUUUUAGCUAUACUUUUUUUUUCGCGAGAUGAAGCGAAUCAUAGAAGCAUGAAUGGGGGUCCUCUUGGCAUGUGGAAUUUGUUAUGCAUGUAUCCAAGAAGGCACGAGUAAACCCCAUCGUCACUCGUAAUAAGCAACAUGCAAUCGAAACAAAAGCGAAACGCGAGGAUGUUAACUAUCCAUUUAGAUAAUUAUUAUUAACCCUUUGACGAGUAAAGAGGAAAGGAACAAAAUAAGAAAAAAAAAAUGAAGUGUUUACCUUACAGACAGCGUUUCAGCGCUGAGAGAACGUUGAAGUUUGUAGCCAACGUGAUUUCAGUUGUAGGUUGUUGAUUACUUUGUGAUUUCGAGGAGACAACUUAGUAGCUGAUUUUGUAGGAAAUUAUAGCCAGCAAUUUUUGUUUUUUUUUGCCCGACGUGCAGGCCAAGAAUAUACUUAUUUAAUUCUCUUAUUGAAAAUGGGAAGAAAAGAAGCCAACACGAAAGUUUGAGGAAUCCGAGAUAAAUUCGAGAGGACAGUUGAGUACUUAUUUUGAACGCCGCACGAAUUGCUAAACGGGUAUUGAAGUGCUGUUCUGUUUUCUUGUUGUUUUUCGUAAUUAUUAAUGGAUUAUCUUAAUCGUAUUCUUCUAAUUAUAAUUUAACUCUCUAGAAGAUUAAUUCACUCCCAUCCCUCCACUCUCUACCCCCCUCCCCCCUUCCCAUCUCCAAAUCUUCCUUAUAUCCAAUGCUUUCCCUGUGCUCACCCUAAGAAAAUCGAAUAACUGAGAACGUACAUGUAAAAACCGUAUAAUUUGAGAGCAUGCUUACCUCGCGACAGGUAUGCAAAAAAAAUACAAAAAAUGUUAUUAGAAUGCAGAUGUCUUUGGGACGAAUGUUGAAAGGUGUUACUGCGUCGGAAGAAUGUGUCACUUGUAAACAGUUCUGUGUUUAAGGAAUGACGCAAAGGAAGCAAUGUAAAAAAAGAACGAAAAAAAGACGAGCGAAUAUCUUUGUACGAAAUAAUGUACGGACAAGGACAAAUAAAUGCAUUGCAAAUGAAAAUUUUA